AUGAGAGAUAUAAGUUUUUACAAUACAAAGAGGGAAUCUCCUACAUAUGAUGAGCCAAAGAUACCUUCUGCAGAACGUUCACUAAGGCGCGAAGACGAAGAGCGAGAACAUAGACUCAGUCGUAGUCGCAGUGUUGAUAGACCAAGAUCUCAUCGAUCUCGAGAUUAUGAGUAUGAACAAGACAUCGAAGUUCUAGUCGCGGUCGUAAGGAGCAUUAUGAUCGUCGUAGUAGCUACGAUUAUGAUCGAAAAAGAAAAUAUGAGGAUGAUAAAUAUGAGCGUCGUAGAAGUUAAAUGA